AGGCAGCGGGCUGUGUGGCCGUCUUCACUGCACGCUGCCACGCUCGGCUGUCCGCGCAGUCAGUCUGGCAGUUUCUGAGCGACAAAACCAGACGGGGAGGGGAGGAGAGAGGAGGAAAGAGGGGCGAGGAAAGAAGGACAAGAGGAAUGUAAAUAAAAGAAACGGUGUGUGAGACAGAGAGAGAUGGAAGAGGAGGAAUGACAGAUUUGCGAGGAAGAUGGAAGCGGAAAGAGAGGAAAAGUGUUCCGCGAAGCGGUAGCGCCUUUCCGCCUCGCCUUCCCCUCCCUGCCCGGGUCCGGGCUCCCGUCCGGGCGCGAGCCGCCGGGCGGGCGCUGGGAGCCCCUCUGCGCCCCGGAGCGCAGGGCGCGGGGCCGCCUCCCGCGCCCGCACAUGGCUGCAGCCACCCCGCGCGCACCCCGAGGCGCCGCGCCCAGCUCGCCGGAGGUCCGUCGGCUGCGCCCCGCCGCCCCGCAGCCAGGCAGCGGCUGAGCGGGGGAGUGCCCGCGUCCGCAGAUCGGGAUGUCCCUCCUCCUCCUCUUGCUAGUUUCCUACUACACUGGAACCUUGGGGACUCACACGGAGAUCAAGAGAGUGGCAGAGGAAAAGGUCACCUUGCCCUGUCACCAUCAACUGGGGCUUCCAGAAAAAGACACCCUGGAUAUUGAAUGGCUACUCACUGAUAAUGAGGGGAACCAAAAAGUGGUGAUCACUUACUCCAGUCGUCACGUCUACAAUAACUUGACUGAAGAACAGAAGGGCCGAGUAGCCUUUGCUUCCAAUUUCCUGGCAGGAGAUGCCUCCCUGCAGAUCGAGCCUCUGAAGCCCAGUGAUGAGGGCCGGUACACCUGCAAGGUGAAGAAUUCAGGGCGCUAUGUGUGGAGCCAUGUCAUCUUAAAAGUCUUAGUGAAACCAUCCAAGCCCAAGUGUGAGCUGGAAGGAGAGCUGACAGAAGGAAGUGACCUGACUUUGCAGUGUGAGUCAUCCUCUGGCACAAAGCCCAUUGUGUAUUACUGGCAGCGAAUCCGGGAGAAAGAGGGAGAGGAUGAACAUCUGCCUCCCAAAUCUAGGAUUGACUACAACAACCCUGGACGAGUUCUGCUGCAGAAUCUCACCAUGUCCGCCUCUGGGCUUUACCAGUGCACAGCAGGCAACGAGGCUGGGAAGGAAACCUGUGUGGUGCGAGUGACCGUACAGUAUGUACAAAGCAUCGGCAUGGUUGCAGGAGCAGUGACAGGCAUUGUGGCUGGAGCUCUGCUGAUUUUCCUCUUGGUGUGGCUGUUAAUCCGAAGGAAAGACAAAGAAAGAUAUGAAGAAGAGGAGAGACCUAAUGAAAUUCGAGAAGAUGCUGAAGCACCAAAAGCCCGCCUUGUGAAACCUAGCUCCUCUUCCUCAGGCUCUCGGAGCUCACGCUCUGGUUCUUCCUCCACUCGCUCCACAGCAAAUAGUGCCUCACGCAGCCAGCGGACACUGUCGACUGAAGCAGCAACCCAGCCAGGGCUGGCCACCCAGGCAUACAGCCUAGUGGGGCCAGAUGGGAGAGGUUCUGAACCAAAGAAAGUCCACGCUACCCUGACCAAAGCAGAAACCACACCCAGCAUGAUCUCUAGCCAGAGCAGAGCCUUCCAAACUGUCUGAAUUAGAACAGACUUGACUCCCAUGCUUUCCUAGGAGUCAGGGUCUUAGGACUCUUCUAGUCAUUGGAGCUCAGUCACCAGCCACUUAACCCCCUCGAACCAGAUGAAAGGCCAUUUAAGUAGCAGUGAGCAUUGCAUGGAACAUAUUCAGAAGAGCAUUUUCCUUAUAUGACACCAAACAAGCAAAAGGAUAUAAGCUGAUCAUCUCCAAAAAGGCAUCUCAUUAUGCCUUUAGACCAGAGCAGGAGAAAGCAGAGUCCAAAUCUAUUUGUUGACUAGGACCUGUGGUGAGAAGGCUGGGGAAAGGAGAGGUGAAUACACUUAAAACUUCUCACCUGGGAUGUUAUGCAUCAAUGCUUUGAUUCACCACUGUCAAGAAGAAAUUGGAUCUUGUUUGUAAAUUUUCUAUGCAUUUCUGCAAACCUAUUGGAUUAUUGUGAUUAUUCAGAUAGUCAAGCAGAACUCACAGCCCUUCUAUUACACCUACCUGCACCAUGAGCUAACCACUUCUAAGAAACUCCAAAAAAGGAAACAUGCCUCUUCUAUUCUGACUUGACUUCAUCUGUCAUAAGGUCUGGAUAUUAAUUUCGAGAGAAGUUGAAAUAGAGGGAGAUGGAGAAGAGUGAAUGACUUUCCCAUUCUACUACUAAUCUUCCUACUUAUAUUGAACCUUACAAUAAGAACUAAAAAAGGAGACCAAAAUGUGGGACAAAAGACCUGUGAAAAGCUUUCCAUUUUAAUGAUGUGCAGAUUGCUGACAAACAGAAAUAAAUAGUGGAGCAAUUGUGGAUUUUCCCUCAAAUCAGAUACCUCUAAGGACUUCUCUGCUGGGUAUCUCUGAAGGAAGAAAAUAUUCACAUGUCAUUUAACAACCUUGCUAGAGGAACAUUUCCUCUUGUUCCAGAGGAAAAAGAGAUCUAAGAAUGCUGAAAGAUCACUAAACAUACCAUUAUAAUCUCCUGUUUCUGAAAACAUGUGAAACCAGAAUUUCAAGACAGGCUGGACUAGAAAGGGAGAUUAGAUCAGUUUUCUCCUAAUAUGUCAAGGAAGACUAUAAGGAAGUUUAUAGUAUUACACCAAACCUGGAGCUUCCUCCAUUUCUUCCAUUUUAGAAGGAUGUGAACCUAGGACUUUUGAUGAUUCUACGCCUUAAAUUAUCAAAAAGAUCAGGGAUUGCCAAUGUUUCCUAAUGGCACUGCAAGUAUAUGCCAUAAUCAUUCCCCUGAGGUUGAAAAUGAGAAAAAUUCAGUAUUUUCCCAGCCUCAGCUCCCAAGAAAUUCUAGCUUAGGGCUUGAAGGAAAGGGAACUAACAUUCAGGGAAGAGACAGUGAGAAUAACAAUUGGGUGGCAGGAAAGGGCUGGGCUAGUGCCUGCUAACAUUUUAGUUGUCAGCACCUUGGAAAGAAUUAGCAAAAAGAAUUUACCAGCAUGAGCAAUUAUUAGAAAAGCUGACAUAUAUAUAUAUAUAUAUGAAGGCAUCUCAGAAGUGAAAACAACAACUUUCAAUACAAUAAUUUGCUUUUUUUUUUAAUAGUUUGGACUACUCUGAUACCUACAGCACAAAUGCUGAACCUCGAAUAGCUCUUCAGGGACCCUAGCACAAAUGUCAACUGAUCACCAUUGGUAAAGCAGAAUACUUCUUGUCAUUUAAAAGAGCAGCAGACCAGAAGAAAGAAAAAGUAAUGCUGAAUAUGGUGAUGAAAGCAUUGUUUCUAAAAUGGGAAUCAGAUGUUUAAAGGGAAAAGGUUGAUCUGGGAUGUUGCCCAUUUUUCUGGUUUUUCAUUCCUACAUUUAAUUCUCACGGCCGUGUCCUCACAUAGUUGCACAGUGCAAAAAUAUUUCCUUCUGAAAUCCCUAGGAGUUUAUCCUUGGGUUAAAAUCUUAACCUGAGUUUUGUCUUCCUCCAAAAAAGGUGGAAAUAAGAGACAUUGAGAAAGUAACAUAAAGAAUGCUAUUAGUAUAAUUUAAGAAGACUGGCAUAUUCGGAAUGCUUUUUAUAUUAACACUUUCAUUGUAAGAUAUAAAACCCUUACUCUGACUACAUUUUUAUUCUUCUGAUAGUGUGGUGUCCGGGCAACUUAUCACUUCUGCUAUGUAACUCUGAGACUUCUCAUUCCUAGAGUACCUGAGCCAAACAAAUACACUACGGAGGCUGCCGCGGUAUCAUCACUAGCUACUUGCUCUUACCAUUAUUUACUACCUUAGAUCCUAAGGUUUCCUGUCUAUGCCUUUGAAAGCAAAAAUCAGUCCCCUCUGCACAAAAAGGAGGUUUAGAUUAUUUAAACACAUUAUCAGAAGACUAAAAUACCAGUUGAUUAUCCAAAUUAUUUUCAGAAAUCUAUUCACUAUCGAAAUCUACAACAAACACACAGAACAGAUUACACUAAGAGCAGAGGAAUUCUAAGGAAUUGAAGAUUCUAAGAAGAUAUGGUGCUGAAGUCUUAGCAAUGAUAGUGCACUUAUCUUUGAGUCAGAUUCAGAUAUGUGACAGGUUCUGGAUGUAAAUUAGAGCUAUUACUAGUUCCAAACCAUAUUCCGUUAACUUUGCAAGUCAAAGAAGUCUGAAUCUUAAAUAUAAAACAAACAAAAAGGAUAAAAUAACUAAAUGGUAGAUGAAAAAAAUGUUUGUAGGAAGAAGAUGCAGAUGGAAUGAUGUGGAUGUUUAGAAAGUAACCAUUUUAAUAAAAUAUAUAAACCAAACUUAAUUUGUAAAAUAAUGGAAGCCUAUGCCUUUGUUGUCACACUGUAUAAAAACUAUUUAAAAAUUACUGUUGCAAAAAGAUA